AUGGAGCAUGUUGGAGCUUUUUUUGAUGAAGAAUGGGAAUCAUUGAGCAAAUUAUUCUCUAGUACUGAAACUGCAGAUUUCAUGCUUCAAUUGCAAGGUGAUAAUGUCAACUUGUUCUCGAUGGAUGAUCGCGAUAAUGCUGGCUCAAGCUAUGGGACUGAUAAUCCACAAUUAGCAUUGUGUCAAUUAUCUGAUGAAACUAACAAUAACUUUCAAUAUUUUUCUCAAGAAAGUAGCAUUACUAGCUGUGGAAGUGAUCAUCAUGGCAUGUUCUUUACUAACAACCCGAGCCACGAGCAUCUGCAGCAUUCUAACAACAUUGAUGAUGUUAAUAACCAGCUCCUUCAAGUAGCAAUUAACAACAACAACAACUCUGAUGAGUAUCAGUCCAUUGAUUUCUUCGAUAUGGACAGUAAAAAUCUUGAAAAUUUGUCUAUUAUUAAUCAAGAUUUUCAAACUGACAUGGCCUACAAAGAAGAGAUGGUAUGUGAUCAAUUGGACAAUGCUGGAAUCUCCCCUGUUUCAGACAAGGAAAUGCAGUUGAAAAGGAAAUUUGAGAAAGUAGCACCUGAAAAUCCCAAGAAGAAAUCGCGGGGUUCACAAGAUGCACAGAAAAGUACUAAGAAAAAGGCGCAGCCAAAAAGGGGAAAAAAGAAUCAGAAGACGACUCAAAUUAACAAUGAAGAAGGAGAAGAAGAGACUAAUAAUAAUGCAGAUAACCAAAUUGGACAGAGCUCAAGUUGCUGCAGCUCUGAGGAUGAUUCUAAUGCUUCUCAAGAACUAAAUGGAGGCGCGAUAUCUUCAAACACCAAAGGAAAGUCAAGAGCCAGCAGAGGAGCUGCAACAGAUCCACAAAGCCUUUAUGCAAGGAGAAGAAGAGAAAGAAUCAAUGAAAGAUUGAGAAUCUUGCAGAAUCUUGUCCCUAAUGGCACAAAGGUUGACAUUAGCACAAUGCUUGAAGAAGCAGUUACUUAUGUGAAGUUUUUGCAGCUUCAAAUUAAGUUACUGAGCUCAGAUGAACUUUGGAUGUAUGCACCACUUGCUUACCAUGGAAUGGACAUUGGCAUCUAUCAAAAGAUGCUGCCAAAUUUGCAAUGACUUUAGAAGCAACAUGAAUUGUUGCAAUUUUUUUAUCAAGUGUUUACAUAUAAAUAACAGAUCCCAACAGAAAUCCCCUCCCCCAAAUAUGCUGACUAUGUACAAAAAGAAAAAAAACAUCUAUCAUUUCUUCUUGAUCAUGAGGAAUAAUUCUCAUGUUUUAUAAAGUAAUAUU